ACAACUCCCGGAGUCGCUUGGGAUCUCGGCUCCCGGUGUCCCGGGCAGGAUCCCUGCGGCCAGAGGGUGAGGAUCAGGUAUAUAUGAGCGCUGUACUAAAGGAUUCUACAGUAUGUGAAGGUGAAGACUGAAGGGCUGUAUAAGCUGAAUCACCAGUGAGGGAGAACUGUUGGAAGCCAUGAGAUGGCUGCAAAACCCAAGAAAGGUUUAAAAGGUUCCAUCCAGGACAUGCUCAGUGACCUCCUGGGAGACGAUGACGAAACCCCCAUUAAAUCCAACAAGCCUUCCCAGCACCCUGGGGGCAGUGGAAGGAGAACCAGGGACAUCGUCUCCAAAGCCAGCAAAAAGUCCAUUUUGGAGGAUGGUGUCUUCAGCAAGAUGGCUGCGGAGGAAGGUGCAGGAGCAGAGGAAUCCGACCUCUCAGAUGUAGACCCACAAGUUUUGCUGGAGACCCUGAAGGAGAUGGAUGACAUGGAAGCUGAUCUCCUAGGCAUAAAGAAGUCUAGUUCUGGGGCUGGGAGGACAAUGGCAAAGGGUUCCGAGAAACUUGAAUCCACAGGUGAUCUGGCAAAAACUUCAGGGAAGCUAACGACUGCUGAGAAAGGAGAGUCUGCCACUGGAAUUGAAAAGAAACCCCUCUCCACUCCCACCAGCCCCCAGCGGCAGUACAAGAAGUUUUCCUUUGAAGAUUUAGACAAUCCUUUGGCAGGGCUUUUAUCGGAUGAGGAGGACGAUGCUGCUAAGAAGUUACCUCCAACAGGCACCAAAAGCAGCCCUGAAAGACAUACUGGCCCAGCCAAAGGGAUGUCUCUCUCCUCGGCUCCUGGCCACGCUGUUGCUCCCGUGCGGAGGAGGGAGGAGCUGACAUUUGAAGAUGAUGGGGAUGACCUGAUGGACGCGCUGGGGUUUGGCGAGAGUCCGAGGGGAGAGCUGAAGCAAGAGAGGAAAGGAGAAGAGGAAGAGCCCCGCCCUGCCCGCUCCAAGCUGGAGGAGUUGUUGGGAAGUGGGACCGCAGCCAAACUCCUGGAGCGACCGAUCACAGGAGAACGCAAGGAGUUCAAACUGGAUACAAAAUACCAACAGCAACCUGAUAAGGAAACCAUUUGGGGCAAUGAGGAUUUCACCUUCGGGGCCUACCAGCCCACUGUGGCCUCCACACCCGAGGGCCUGCAGUCAAGACGACAAUCUGUCAGGUUUUCAGCAGAGAAUAUCAAUGAACUGAAAAUGGACCAAAGGUCCAAACCAACCACGCCAUCCACCACGAGCCCCAUGCGAGGCAGUAAGACUGGCGCUGACUGGCUGGGCUUGAAAGAUGAGGACUUUAUCGAUUUGGACCCUCCAUCUCCAGCCAAGGACGCCGCCAAAGGUAGUCCCGCGGCAGCCCCUUUGAACACGCCAUCCAGCUUCUCAGCCACCAAGCAGUCCAGCCCAGCCAGACAGCUCCUUCCUGGGACAAAGUCAGCUGCAGAGGAAGCAGCAGCUAAACCCAGACCACUUGAGGAGGAGGAGGAGGAGGAUAGCUGGCUGAAUGACACCUUGUCUCGAAAAAAAUCCCAGUUGCAGGGGAAGGUCAAGGAGAAAAGGUCUGGGCCCUCAGGCUUCCUGAGACAGGACGACGAGGUGGACACCAUUACUGUUACCAGCCAACCAGUUCCCUCUGUGAGAGAACCUCAGUGGUCUGCUGUCCCAGAAGAUAAGUCCACCAGGAUGGAAGACUCAGGGUAUCCCGUUCCAUGGCUAACCACUCAGAAACAAGCCUCAUCUCUUACAUCUGAGUCCAGGAAAGGGGCACCUCCUGGAGACACCAGUAACGCCGCUUCUCUCCAAGGACAUCCAGAGGGUCUGGGGUUUCCCACACUAACUCAGGUUGCCGUGUCUGGGGCUCCUCUCCAGCAGGUUCUACUGCCGCAGCAGCUCCUGGAGGCCGAGCCCCUGGCCCUGAGCUUGCUGAAUGCCAGUGAGUACGAGAAAAGGCUGGUGGCUUUGCGGGCACAGCUGAGGGAGAAUGCGGCAGGGCACCAGGCAGAGCUGCUGAGUGCCCAGACUCGCCUCGCCGAGCUGGAGAGCCAGGUGCGGAAGCUGGAGCUGGAGAGGAAUCAACAGAAGCUGCUCCUGGAGAGUCUACAGCAGCGCCAUCAGGAAGACUUGGAGCUCAUUGAAAAUGCACACAGGAGCCGUGUGAAGGUGAUGGAGGAAUCUUCCCGUCAGCGCGAGGCGAGGCUGCGGCAGGAGAAUGAGGAACUGGCGGCGCAGUACCUGUCCCACUGCCAAAGCGCAGAGCGGGCCAAGUCGGAGCUGCUGGCACAGCAGCAGCGUAGGCUGGCAGAGCUGGAGCAGGAGAAGGUCCAGGAGGUGGAGAGGCUACGGGAGCUGCAGCGAGCGUCCAUUCUGGAGAUGCGCAAAGACCACGAAGAGCAGCUACAGAGGUUGAAACGACUGAAAGAUCAGGAGAUUGACGCGGUAACCAGUGCUACCUCCCAUACCAGGUCUCUGAACGGCGUCAUUGAGCAGAUGGAGAAGUUUUCCAGUAACCUGAGUGACCUCUCUUAUAAGGUGGAGGCUACUCACCACAACACGUCGCAGGAGCUCGAGAUUGGAGCCCGUCAGCGGGACGAACAGCUCAGGGUGCUGCAGGACAGACUGACGCGACAGCAGAGGGACAUGGAGGAGGAGCGGAGCCGGCUGCAGGAGGUCAUCGCUAAAAUGGAGGCCAGGCUGAGUGAGCAAACUCGUCUCCUGGAGCAGGAACGCUGGAGGGUGACAGCAGAACAAUCCAAAGUGGAAUCUCUACAGCGCUCGCUAGAGGAACAGCGGAGGGUGAUGACCCAGCAGCUGACCAUGGAGAGGGAAGAGCUGGAGCGGGCAAAGAACGUCUUGCUGGAGGAGCAGAAGUCAGUCAUGCAGAAGUGCGCGGAGGAGCGUCGAAAACUCGCCAUGGAGUGGUCGGAGUUCCACACCCAGCAGAAGCUGAGCAAGGAGCGGAUGGAGCGUGACAUCGACCGCGCCCUGCAGAUAGACUCCCAGAGGGAAGGGGCCAUCAUGACCCUGGCAAAGGAACAAGCGGAUCUGAAAAUCAAGGCCAGUGAGCUGAAGGCUAAGGAGGAGCAGCUGGCUAGAGAAAGGGAAUCUGUGGAGCAAGACAGGCAGGAGCUGAGACUCGAGAAGGAAAGGGUUAAUGCGGCCGCUUUGCACGUCAAACAGAGGGCAGAGGAGAUUGACAGCAUGAGCAAGCUGUCCUCGCAGAAGUACGAGGAGGGGGAGAGAGCCCUGCUAGAGGCGAAGAAGGUGGAGUCAGAACAUCAGACGAGGCUGGGUACCGUGCAGCAGCGGCUGGAACGGCUGAGGCAGCAGGAGCAGCACCUGCACCAGGAGCGCCAGAACCUGGCUCAUCAAAGGAGACAGCUUGAACAGCUGCGAGAGGAGCUUCCGAACAGCCCGGUGCAGUUCCUGACCAAGCCCCGGGGGCCACACCCAGGUGCUCAAACCAAGAGCCUCUCCAGCACGCACUAUUUCCCCCCUCCUGUUAUAGACUUACCUUGGCACAACUCUGGCAGGACGGGGGGCACCCAGGGCACAGCAGGAGCGGGACCCGCUGAGUUGUAUGCCAGACUAGUGCUGCUGAAGCACACAGCCGAGCGGGACCGGGAUUUCUUGGAAGACGAGCAGUUCUUUCUAGAGACCCUGAAGAAAGCUUCCUACAACGUGUCGACAGCAUGAGUUCAGCCCCACGUGCAGCGCUGGUUGAGCUGGCGUUUUCUACAAAGACGACGGGGGAUUUUGUAAUUUAUAAUCUUUUUUAAAAAUCCAAAAAUGAAUGGCUGGAAAAAUAUAAAUUGUCAGAUACAUUCAGUCAGGCAGCAGCUAGUUUAAAAAAAAAACCAAAAAAAUAACCCCUUUGCGCGUGAAUUUUUAACUAUGUCCGACUGAGAGCCCUAUAGCCUAAAGUCUUCCAUUACUUCAGCUGUGAGCCCUUCAGAGCCUGGACGGUCUUUUCAUUAUGCCCAUCUCUCUCUCUCUCUCGGUUUUAUGCUGUCACCUAUUGCCAUAGUGUUGAAGCACCUUCCGUGUACAACAGCCUGGCAAUAGCGAAGUCCUUAGGGAUCUCCAUGGAGUCACUGGCCCAUGUGAGAGCACCUAGCAAUCUGUACACACACCACCAAGAACAGGUACAGCAUGGGCUGAACCAGUGCAAACUUUCCAUGUAUUGCCCUGCUGGAAUGCCUCAGUCAUGACCAGCAGGGACUACCUCCUCGGCCUGAGCAGGUAGUUCAGUCGCCGUGGCCCAUUUAUAAUUUAUCCCGUCUCUUGGCACCUUUGUUGAAAGCCUCAAGUGUGGUAGGGGGUAUGGUGAUGUGCACACUGGUGCAUUGGGACAUGGCCUAAGACCCACCACACUCAUUUCACAUUAGCCAGCCAGAGGACGGCUCAUCUGCUGUUUAGGGUUGCCAACUUUCUAAUUGCACAAAACCGAACACCAUUGCCCCACUUCUUUCCCAAGGCCCUGCCCCUUGCCCCGCCCCCACUUACUCCAGCCCC